GUCCUGCCACCUGAUCAACUUCAGGAGCUGCCCUUGGCCCGCUUGGUUUCUCUCUCCCAGAGCUUCGCCAAGCUCAGGGAUCGGCAGAAUUGCGAGUUUGCAGUUCAGCUGGCUGUGAGAGAACCUCUCCCUCCCAAGGCUCUGGCUCAGUUGUCGUGGAGUUUGGCAACAAGCCGAACGCAGGACACAUCCUUGGUGACAGCUUGUGUAUUUGCAGGUGAUCCUCAUGAUGGUUUUGAAGCACGUGACCUGGCUGCCUUCGCAUGGGCCGUGGCAAAAUUAUCCGAUGUGAACGCGAAACGAAUCCUUCCGCGACUGCUUCAGCAGGCCGUGCAGAAGCUGAGCUGCUUUUCACCACAAGACGUUUCGACCUUCAUGUGGGCAUAUGCAAAGUGCCACAUUGCAAAGGACAGCUUGUGUGAAGCGGCAUUUUCGCGAUUUAUAGACUUGGCGGAGCAGUUCAGCCCGCAAGGUUUAGCAAAUCUGUCCUGGGCUUUUGCAACACUGACAUUCCACAGCGGAUUGGAGGCCUGUCUACAAGAGGUCUACAAACGGGGACUGGCAGAGAAUACACCGCAGGCGGUUUCAAUCCUGGCCUGGUGCUGCGCAGCAAACAUGCAGCCAGUGACAGAUCAGUUUUCGCGCGCACAGCAGAGUGUGCAUUUAUGCAGAUUCGAGAAGGCUGGCCGUUGCGUUCUCCACAUCGUUGAGAAGGAGGUUGCUUUGCGAAUUGCUGAAUUCAGCGCACAGGGGUUGUCCAAUAUUGCUUGGGCGUUCUCUUCAACAACGGCGCUUUCAGCCCCCUUUGCCCAGACUUUGGGGAAUCAGGUUUUGGCGCAAGCCGACUUGUUUCCACUCCAGCCGGCGUCCAACACCUGCUGGGCUUUUGCUGCGGCCAAACACGUGGAUCCUACAGUCUUUCUUGCGCUUUCCAGAAGGUUGCAGCACUUACUGCGCUUGCGACCGCAGGCGACCCGACGCCCCAUGGAAGUCGAGGUCUGUGCAUCAGCCUGGGCUUUCAAGUCAGCCACGCUAUCAGAUGCCAAGCUUGAUUUGUGUGUCCGAUCAGCGUUGUUACGCUUCGGUCAGGUCCAGGACAACAUGCGGGUAUCCAAAUUGAGUGGCCUUUCGGACUGCGAUGUGGAGGAGCUCCAGCAGGAGGUUGCAGCGCCAAAAAUCAUGCUCGAUUUGAGCGACCGAAUGGUGAUCCGAAAGCCGUAUGGCUGGGUGGGGCUUCCGCAAGUUCGUGGCACGAGGCUGAAGGCAAUUCCAGCGCUGUCAGAUUUUCUGGCCUCAAAGCAACCCUGCGCCAUUUUUAGCGACACCGAGCACCAAUGUGGGAUGAUUCAUCGACUGGAUGUGCCGAAUUCUGGCCUGCUUUUGGCUGCCAAGACGUACGCAGCCUAUUACGACCUUAUGUAUCAGCUCAAUGUUGGGAUGGUCCUCAGGGAAUAUGUUGUACUUUGUCAUGGUUGGAUUCCCUGGGCGCGAAGGGAGAUUGCUGCUCCACUUUGCUGGGAUGACAAAGCAGCACCCAGCCACAUUGCCAGGCAUGGCAAGCCCAGCAGCAGCUCUGUGAAGGUACUUUCACAUUUGCUUGGCCAGCUGGAGCUGGGGGCAGCAGCUGCCCCAUACAGCCUUGUGGAAGUGUCUAUAAAGACAGGAUCAAUCCAAUGCUGUGUAUCGACAGGCAGGCGGCACCAGAUCCGAAGCCACUUUGCCUUCAUAGGUCAUCCACUGGUGGGUGAUGCAAAGUAUUCAAGUUCGAUGACCUUCCUAAGCGAUCACAGCCUGUGCAAACGGAAUUUUCUGCAUCGCUUUCGCCUUGUCUUUUUGGACAGAGAAGAGCAGACUGUGGAGGUGGUUGAUGACCUGCCAGCAGAUCUGCAGCACGCAAUGUCCAAGCUGAGCCCCAAGGAUGAGCAAUCCAAAUCCGCACUUCAACAUUUUCGCAGAUCUUUCCAUCAAGCUCACAGAGGCACCCAAUGAGUCUGAAUUAGAACAAACGACCUUGUCGACGUGUUCACCAAUACCUACGACAAGCAGAUCACGCCAACUUCAGCUACAAGUUGGGAAGAUGGACGACGUGAGAACUGCUGGAUGUGCGAUCAAGCUUUGCUCGAUGUGUACUGAUUGCCGCAGUAUUGGGUUGACCCCAAUGGUGAGGUGCUAGCAGUGAAUGGCUGCCUCGUUUGGAAGCAUUGUGCUCGUUUCACGAUAUUUUGCAGAUUGGCCACUCGUCCAAAGCUUGGUCAACAG